AAAGGACACACAGAUCCGUGACCCACUACUGAAGCAGCAGCUGAACCCGAGGAGGAGCUCCAUCGGCCGGCAGGACGCUGUCCGACCGCCCGGAGGGACCGAACUGACCCGGACCUCCACCUGCUGCUGCUCCGCGCGCCUCCCGCGCAAACCGAGCCCGGCGCGAGCGCUCCUCUCGGCCAUGGCACGAGCGGUGCCACUUUCCUGUCCGCGGAUUUUUACCGAAACACACCCGGAUUUUUUAAACAUGUAGGAGCCGAUGGAAGCACUGAACUGACACCGACGAACACUCACACUGCCAGUUAAAGUACGGUUAUUGUCCCUCUUCAGGUUUUAAAUUAAAACCCACUGAUCACACUGCGUUCGUACCCCGGACCGCGUCAGGCGAAGCCCCCUCACCAUGAGUCUGUGGACUAACGGCUCCUCCGCAGAUCUUUACCCCGGGACGCAGCUGCCGCCUCGGGGCUCCAACUCCUCCAUCAACCGCAGCUCCGGUCACCCCGGCGCCGCCCCGCUGGAUCUGAGCCGGGCGGUGCCGGUGGGCAUGGUGCUGGCCUCCUUCAUCAUGUUCGCCAUCGUGGGGAACAUCCUCGUCAUCCUGUCGGUGGUGUGUAACCGGCACCUGCGGGUCCCCACCAACUACUUCAUCAUCAACCUGGCCAUCGCGGACCUGCUGCUGGGAACCACCGUGCUGCCGGUGUCCGCCACGCUGGAGGUCUUGGAUUACUGGGUGUUUGGCCGUAUCUUCUGUGACAUCUGGGCGGCGGUGGACGUCCUGUGCUGCACAGCGUCCAUCAUGUCUUUGUGCGUCAUCUCCAUCGACCGGUACAUCGGCGUUCGCUACCCGCUGCAGUACCCCAUGAUCGUCACCGAGAGGCGGGCGCUGCUCGCCAUGCUGGGAGUCUGGGUCCUCUCCAUCGUCAUCUCCAUCGGCCCGCUGCUGGGCUGGAAGCAGCCGCCGUCACAGGAUGACACGGUCUGUCUCAUCACCGAGGAGCCGUUCUACGCCCUCUUCUCCUCGCUCGGCUCCUUCUACAUCCCUCUGGCCGUCAUCCUGGCCAUGUACUGCCGCGUCUACAUCGUGGCCAAGCGCACCACCAAGAACCUGGAGGCCGGCGUGAUGAAGGAGCGUCAGGAGGACUCCAACGAGCUCACCCUGAGGAUCCACUGCAGGAACCAGCAGAUCCAGGAGCUGUGCCCCGCCUCCAAGGCCGGAGGGGGCGGGGCCUCGGCCACACGCAGCGCGCUCACCGUCAAACUGCUCAAGUUCUCCAGGGAGAAGAAAGCUGCCAAGACGCUGGGUGUGGUGGUGGGCAUGUUCAUCCUCUGCUGGCUGCCUUUCUUCCUGGCUCUGCCCAUCGGCUCAUUCAACAGCAGCCUGCGUCCUCCUGAAACCUUCUUUAAAGUCAUUUUCUGGUUGGGAUACUUCAACAGCUGCCUGAACCCCAUCAUCUACCCCUGCUACAGCCGGGAGUUCAAACAGGCGUUCAUCCGGAUCCUUCGCUGUCGUUGGAAGAGGAAGCGUCAGGGCUGGCAGGCGUACUACAACUACCGCUGCCAACAGGGCUCCAACAACUCGUCCUUUCUGAACAGCAGCCAGCAGACGCUGUCCUCCAUUAGCCCCAGCCCGCGCUGCAUCGCCUCCAGACUCCGCCCCCCGCCGUGGCCCUCCUCUUCCGACCGAGAGCUUCUCCCCGGCUCGACGGGCAGAGGCCGGACGAGCCCGGUGUCCCCGCUUGCUAAGGAUGCCGGGAAGGUGUUGGGCGUCGGCGCGGGGCGCAACACGGCGAUCGACGGGCAGACCGUAAACAACAAGGAGCAACGCGGAGCCUCAGAGGGAACGCUAUGCGAGAAGGUAGAACACUAAGUGACACACCUCGCGCGUCAGGUGGCCACGCCGCCACUGACAAGAAGUGGUUUGAAACACAUCACAAGAUGCACUCACUGAGGGGUCAUUCAGGUGUGAUGAAGCUCCUGUCAAGUGGUUGGGACUGUUUCUGCCUCCUCCUCAGCUCUGAUAAGACACCUGUGGAACAUGACGGAGCUCACCUGGACCAGCUGACACUUUAAACCAGCAGUCAGGAGCAUCCACUGCACUUAACAAAUCUUUUACCUCGACUGCAACUGACCUACAACUACCACAAACUUUAUUCAAAACGACAGCUGCACACUGUACUUUGACUUUCAAAAAACUUCAUUGGAGCCCCUGAUUGGUCUCACCUGUUCAGGUGUUUGCUGUCCAUCAGCUUUACCUGACGGACGUCCGAGGACUGAAAUGCUUUUAGCAAGUCAAAGGCCGGUGUGCAGGACUUCUGACUUCUCUUACCUGUGAGUGUUUUUACAGUCAGGACACAAAACAAAAACUGAACUGAAGAUGACCUCACUCAUCAAAAUCUGAAAUAACAAACAACAAGCAUCUGCCAUCUUUCCCUUUUUAAUUUGGACACUAAAGUAAAAUCUAAUAAAACAACAUGGAAAAAAUAUCAACGGAAACUUAAGAACAAAACUGAACUGAACAAUAAAAAUGUAAAACUCAGUUUAAAAUAUGAUGUAUAAAAUUAAAUCUGAAAACUUGUGUAAACAUUACUUUACUUGCAUUGCAGUUAUUAUUAUUAUGUCUUUCUUUAUCUUUCAAAUAAGUUGGUGGAAUCCGAUGGAAGAUUCUAAUUGAAAUUAUAGAAUUUUUUUUAUACCUUUAUUUAUUGUUUGAUUUUUCCUCUUUUUAUUUUUGCUAAAAUGGUCACAAACUUCUCCUGUAAUAAAAACAAUCAGAAAUAAAACUUUAUUUUUACUUAAAAAUAAGUAAACAUGUAAAACUAAUUUAAAGAAGUUGAUUAUAAACAAACAAACAUAUCUUACAAUUCCUAAACUGUCGUUAGCUGUGAGCUAACUAACUGAAACACAAAACAAAAUGAAAUCACUGAACCAAAAAACAGAAUUUCAAAGAUUUAAUCGAAAAUGACCUUGGAAGUGAGUUUCAUUGCAUUCCAUGAAGUCAUUUAUCUUGUUUUGGUGGUUAAACUAACUGUUAGCCUGUGAGCUAACGAAAACAGCAACAGCUGCUAACUUGUGUUAGCUUGCUAAUGAAAUAUCAGCUCAGCAUGUGCUAUACUGAGAACAAACUGUGACCAUGACGGUCAACAGGAAACAAAAAAAGGAUGAAAUUAUAAAAUAAAUAAUUAUAGUUAUGUUGUUGUACAUUUAAUAACUGAACUGAAUCUUUCCUGAAGUAUUCUGAUAUUCUUAUUUUAUCACACUACAGUGCUUUAUAAACUGACUUAAAGCUACUAAUUUCAGUUAAAUUAGUUAAUUAAGUUACUAAAUUAAUUUCCUCAAAUUAAAAUAAUAAAUAAAGAAUAAAAGGAAUCUGAGUCUGAGAAAGUCUGCCAACUGAUAAAACUAUUGAAAUAUUUAGAUAUUUGCAGUAUUGUGAACUGCAUGCCUGUGGUGAUAAGCAAACCACACAUUUCCUAUUGCUUUGGCUUCACAAUAAAAGCAUUUAAUUUGUGAAAUACUUUUAUCAUGAAGUAAUGACAGGAAAUGCAUUGGCUUAGUCGGUUAACAAAAAUAAGUAUUUUACUGCCAUUUGUAACUUCAGGCUGCCAUUUCAGCUUCUGUUGAAAGUUAAACAUUAUUCUAUUGUACUUUUAUUUAUUGUCAUGUGAAAUUUGUAUAUUGGUGAUUAUAAAGGUUUUUUGCUUGUUAGUGAGUGACUUAGCUUACUUUAAACAGCAGCAUCUGCUAAUGUAUGUUAGCUUGCUCAUCAAAUGUUAGCGGAACAAAGAAUAAAUGGUAUGUAGGAAGUGAGAUUUGUACACUACGAACGGAUUAGCCAAAAUUAGCCAUCUGGCUAAUGUUAGCAUAACUUGUCUCUGGGACAUGAGGAUCCAAGUUGACCCAUGAAGACAUCAUUACAGCCUUAAUAACCCCUGACAGAACAGUUAUUAUGAAAGUCUUCUCUCAUACUGACAUCAGAGGAAGUGACAUCAUCUGCUCAAAGUUGGACGUGUUGUGUUAAAACUGUACUGACUUUGUCGAGAGAAGUUGGAGGUUUUCUCUUUCACUUCAGCAGUGUGAUCACAGCAACACCUAGUGGCUGUUAGAAGAACUGCAGCUGAGGUUGACCAGUGUGAACAGUGUUUUUGUACUGUACUUCUAUCAGACUUCGUUCAGUGAAUAUGUUGUGCAGUGUGUACUCAACAAGAUGGGUCGAUGCUACCUAAGAACAUAUAAAUCACACACAGCUGUUGAAUUGUGUUGUUUUUCUCUUUUAACUGAGCUCAGUUUCUCCUGCUUCGAGUCUUUGUGCUAAGCUAUGCUAAACAUGUUGUGGACUGAUCUCAGUGGCGGAGAUGACAGUCAAAUGUCUUCUUUCAAACGAGUUCUUUCAAUAAGCAACAAACUGGCUUUGAAGGGUUGGAAUUAGUUGUGAUGAUGUAAAUGAAAUUCAAUAAAAUGGCUUCUGUCUC